CAUAUAAAACCCUAACAAACACGUCCGCUUCUGUUGCGUGACUUGCGUCGAUGGCGGCUCGUGUUUUCAUCUCGUCGUCCAGGAUUGCCGGCCAGCUCGCAGCCGCAAAUAAGCGUGGCGUCCGUUCGUACGCUGCAGCGGCGGCGGCCGUGACGCGGCAGGAGCCUUCAGCAGCCGGGGCGGCGAGCAGGCUGGCGGCGGCGGCAGAGGAGGCGGCCCCGAAGAAGGAGUUCUUCUGGAUGAGGGACCCAAAGACGGGGUGCUGGAUGCCGGAAAACCACGUCGACGUCGUUGACCCCGCCGACCUCCGCGCGCGGCUGCUAUUCUCCAAGAAGGAUCGGUUGGUGUGACGACGAUCCGACUCGAUCGACGAUUUUGAGGGAUUAUAUAUUAGACGGGAGACCUUUAUGGUGGAGUCUGCUGGAAUUGAAGGCUGCCUGGUCGACGGAUCUUUCUUGUUUUUAACGCAUGUUAUCACGAAGUGGAGGAGAUUUGUACUGCAAGUUGAUUGACAUGCAUGAUAUUUUCAUUAUAUUAGCCUCUCUUGUGUUUC